AUGACUACUCAAUCCAACAACAACUUAUCACGAACGCAAUCAUCGUCGUUAUUGAAAUCUGCUAUGCACAAGAUGAUGAUGUCAUCUUCCGACUUGCUUCCCCGUCGUCGUGCUCUUCCGAAGGAUGAUUCACCAGAAGAACGAAGCGCCUUUGUGAUUGGAAUCUUGGAUGAAGUCCUUGAUA